CAGGAGGCGGGAGCGCCGUCGCGGAGAGGAGAGGAGAGGAGAGGAGCGCCCGGCCGACGAGGGAGAGGAGUAGUGCGGGAGAGGGAGGGAGAUUCCCAAACCCUAGCUACCCUCGCCGCCGCCGCCGCCGCCGCUGGCAGCGACGACGAUGGCCUCCGCGCUGGGCGGCGGCUCCGCGUUCUCCGCCGUCGUCCUCCUCGCCCUCGUCGCCGCCUCCCCGGCGCUCGUACCGGUGGCCUCCGCCCUGCCCUUCAUCGUCCUGCACGGGAUCGGAGACCAGUGCCAGAACGGCGGGAUGGCGUCCUUCACCGAUAUGCUUGGGGAGUGGUCGGGCUCCAAGGGCUACUGCAUUGAGAUUGGAAGAGGAGCAUGGGACUCUUGGUUGAUGCCACUUCAAGAGCAGGCGGACACUGUUUGCAAGAAGGUGAAGAAAAUGAAAGAACUUCGUAAAGGUUACAACAUAGUUGGACUUUCUCAGGGGAACUUAAUUGGUCGAGCAGUAAUUGAGUACUGUGAUGAUGCACCACCGGUAAAGAAUUUCAUCUCUAUUGGUGGUCCUCAUGCUGGUACGGCAUCAGUGCCACUUUGCGGUUCUGGCAUUGUAUGCGUUCUUAUUGAUGCUCUUAUUAAAUUGGAGAUAUAUUCAAACUACGUACAGGCACACCUUGCCCCUAGUGGUUACCUUAAGAUACCCACUGAUAUGACAGAUUAUUUGAAGGGUUGCAAGUUUCUCCCCAAGCUUAACAAUGAGAUACCAAGUGAAAGAAAUGCUACCUAUAAACAAAGAUUCAGCAGCUUAGAAAAUCUAGUAUUGAUUAUGUUUGAGGAUGAUGCUGUGUUAAUACCCCGGGAAACAGCAUGGUUUGGUUAUUAUCCUGAUGGCUCCUUCGGUCCAGUGCAGCCACCUCAAAAGACAAAGCUGUACAUUGAGGACUGGAUCGGCUUGAAGACUUUGGACGAGGCUGGGCGUGUUCAGUUCGUGUCUGUGCCAGGCGGCCACCUGAGCAUCUCCAGAAGUGACAUGAAGAAGUACAUUGUGCCUUACUUGAAACCGGGUGGAUCAUCCAGGCAGGGCAUUCGUCGCAUGUUGUCAGAUUGAAGGGAAGGACUUUCCAAGUGAUCGCAUCUGGGAUUUGUAUGUAAGAUCGGAAAUGUGGACCACUCACUGUUGAUGUCAUGUAAAUACUUUCGGUAAAAGGGAAUGAAAUACGUUUUUGGGCAAGCGGUGACCCUAUAUGAAA